UAGUGAACUAAUAGGCUAGGUUAGUGUGAUGAGUUUAUCAUUUUCUUUCCUGACAGCAAAGCCUUGUUCCAUCAGUGGGAGCAAUAGGAAACCAUGUUGUAGCCGUAGAGGUUUUGAUGUUAUAAGGUCAGAAGUAACCAUGGCACCCAGAGAAAGAAGCCAGUUGUCAAAACAAGGACUUCCUCUUGCUGAUUUACAUGUACAAGAGGUUGUUCACAGGCAGUCUCAGAUAAUUAGUCCUUGUAGCAUGCCUAAGCCACAGUUCGAUCCCAGUUUUCUGAAUGAUGCCUAUGAAAUGUGCAGAAAUAUCUGCGCGGAAUAUGCCAAGACCUUCUAUCUAGGAACCUUGCUUAUGACGGAAGAAAGACAGAAAGCUAUAUGGGCAAUUUAUGUUUGGUGCAGGAGGACGGAUGAGCUGGUAGAUGGUCCUAACGCUGAGUAUAUGAGCUCUGCUGUUCUUGAUAGGUGGGAAGAUCGAUUGCACAACAUUUUUAAUGGACAUCCGUAUGAUAUGCUUGAUGCUGCUCUUACUGAUACCGUCUCCAAGUUUCCCUUGGAUAUUAAGCCUUUCAGGGACAUGAUACAAGGCAUGAGAAUGGAUACAAGGAAGACCCGAUACAACAAUUUCCAAGAGUUAUAUCUUUACUGCUACUAUGUGGCAGGAACUGUUGGCUUAAUGAGUGUUCCAAUAAUGGGUAUAGCCCAGGAGUCUGUCAUCCCUGUUCAAAGGGUAUACGAUUCAGCACUAUAUCUUGGUAUAGGAAAUCAACUCACAAACAUUCUUAGAGAUGUAGGCGAGGAUGCAUUAAGAGGUAGAGUCUACCUUCCCCAAGAUGAACUAGCCCAGUUUGGUUUAUGUGACAAGGAUGUUUUUUCAAGAAAGGUCAGUGAAAGAUGGAGAAAGUUUAUGAAACAUCAAAUUACAAGGGCAAGAUUCUACUUCAACCGGGCAGAAGAAGGAGUUCCUCAGCUCGAAAAGGCCAGCCGUUGGCCGGUUUGGUCCUCAUUGAUAUUGUAUCGUAAAAUCCUGGAUGCAAUUGAAGACAACGAUUACAACAAUUUGACUAAACGAGCCUGUGUGGGACGAACAAAGAAAUUUUUGACGUUGCCUUUAGCUUAUACUAGAUCCAUCUCAGAUCCCAAAACGAAAUUUCUUCCAAGGCUUAUCUAGCAAAGCAAACAAGAAGCCGAAAACAGUUAUAUGGAGCCCAUAAAAUACAUACUUAGCUUCGUUGUACUUGUACAGACGAUAGGCUUCAGAUAAUAUGAAUACUAAUUAGAAAACUUAUUAUGGAAAAGGGUGCGCAUCGUGCUGACUAGACGGAGUCUUCAGCUUGAUUGUGGUAUUCGGACAAGGGAGAAUGAAUGCUGAAAAUGUUACCUGAUUGUUGAUUGUUGUGCCAUUUUUUUGGGGUUAAGAAUUGUGCAAAUGUCCCCUCAAGAUGAAAAUUCUGAAUGUAUAAAUUCAUUUCUUUCUCUUUAA